AUUUCCAUCCCCUGUAUUUCCUUAUUCACACUCUCACUCUCCCCAACACACACUUUCUCUCUUCGAAAAGUCAGUUACAAUGCAGCUCCGUACAACGGCGGCGCUCACGGCGGUGUUAAUUUCAGUACUAGCAUUCUUACUCCCCGGAGCUACUGUCUCUGGCCACAAUAUCACCGCUAUGCUCGCCAAGUUCCCGGAGUUUUCAACCUUUAACCAUUACCUCACCAUCACACACCUAGCCGAUGAAAUUAACAACCGUCAAACCAUCACCGUGUGCGCCGUAAACAACGCCGGAAUGUCAGAUCUGUUAAGCAAACACUUGUCUGUUUACGCUAUGAAAAAUGUGUUGUCACUUCAUGUUUUGCUUGACUAUUUUGGUGCAAAAAAGCUUCAUCAAAUCACAAAUGGCACCGCCUUGGCCGCUACUAUGUUUCAAGCCACCGGCACCGCCUCUGGCUCUUCUGGUUUCGUUAACAUUACAGAUCUGAAAGGCGGCAAGGUUGGAUUUGGUAGCGAAGAUUCCGGCCGAACCGAUGCUACAUUCGUUAAAUCCUUACAGGAGGUACCAUACAACAUAUCGGUGAUUCAAAUCAGUAGCAUGUUGCCUUCCGCAGAGGCGGAAGCACCAACUCCAGAGCCUGCGGCGGUAAACAUCACUGCUCUGAUGUCGGCACAUGGAUGUAUGAAUUUUGCUGAGGCUUUAGAGGCUUCGGAUGCUAUCAAGACUUAUGAAGAUAAUAUAGAUGGCGGUUUAACGGUUUUUUGCCCUUUAGAUGAUGCAUUUAAAGGGUUUAUGCCUAAAUUUAAGAAUUUAAGUGUCGGCGGCAAGCAGUCUUUGCUAGAGUAUCAUGGAGUGCCCAUUUAUCAAUCAAUGUCUAUGUUGAAAUCCAGCAAUGGGUUGAUGAAUACUUUAGCAACUGAUGGAGCUGACAAGUAUGAUUUUACAGUACAAAAUGAUGGUGAACAAGUAACAAUUAAAACAAAACUUGUUACUGCUAAAAUUGUAGGUACAUUGAUUGAUCAACAACCUUUAGUUAUUUUUACAAUUGAUAAGGUGUUGAUGCCUAAAGAGCUUUUUAAAGGAGCGCUUUCUCCGGCGCCAGCACCGGCGCCGGAGGCUGAUGCUCCAGCUGAUUCACCAAAACCGUCUAAGAAAAAGAAGCCAAAGACUCCGGUGGAUUCACCGUCUGAUUCCCCGGCAGAUGCUCCUAGCGAUUCAGCUGAUCAGGAGGCGGCAGAUAGUAACAGUGCUAUGGAAAUCAAGGGUUUGAGACUUACUAAUGUUGUUGUGGCGUUGAGUUUUUGGUUUGUUUCUUCUUUAGUCAUGUAAUUGUUUUUUGGUUUUGAUUAGUCAAAUAAUUUGGUCUAGAAAGUUAUCAUUUCUACUUGAAGAGGUUAUAUUUGCAUUUCAUUAUGAUUACAUAAUGAAAUUUGAAUAUGAAUUUGAAUUUCAGGGUGCAAAUAGUAUUUUUCAUAAAUUAUUUGUAAUCAAUGUUUGUGUUAACUGUUAAGUUAAACAUGAGGUUUGUUGUA